UGUGUGCGCACACACACACACACACAGACACACAAACACACCUUUAUCGUUUGUGAAUCUCAUACCCUUUCCUUUCCUAAACCCUUUGGAGUCUCCUUUACUCCACACUCUCCUACUUACCACACUCCUCCAUACCACCACACCACACUCUCACUUUCCUUUCUCUCUUCCUUUCCCACUCCAUUAAUCCUCAAACAAACCAAACCCUUUCAUGGACCUGAGUUUUUGACUUUUACAACCCCCAAUUGAUUCUCCUUGCUCGAAACUUGCAAUUAUUCUCACUAUUACAUACAACUAUCUGCUACUUUCAUACUCACAGCUACACUCACUGCUCUUUUUCCCUUUACUUUCUUCUCUGUUUUGUAGCUACCCAUUUUAGAGUGACUCAAAGUACUGAUGGCAGGGGGCGGUGGCGGAGGAGCUCCGGCGCCGAAGGCUGAUGAGCCACAGCCACAUCCACCGAAGGAUCAGCUACCCAAUGUUUCUUACUGCAUUACAAGCCCUCCUCCAUGGCCUGAGGCCAUACUUCUUGGUUUUCAACAUUAUCUUGUGAUGCUCGGCACAACUGUGCUAAUUCCAACUGCUCUUGUUCCCCAGAUGGGAGGUGGCAAUGAUGAGAAGGCCAAAGUUAUCCAGACACUACUAUUUGUGGCUGGAAUCAACACAUUACUGCAAUCUAUGUUUGGAACUCGUUUGCCGGCUGUAAUUGGCGGGUCAUAUACCUAUGUUCCAACAACAAUCUCAAUUAUUCUUGCUGGUCGGUUCAGUGAUGAGCCAGAUCCUAUAGAGAAAUUCAAGAGGAUAAUGCGGGCAACCCAAGGUGCUCUUAUUGUUGCUUCAACCCUUCAAAUAGUACUGGGCUUUAGUGGUCUGUGGCGCAAUGUUGCAAGGUUCUUAAGUCCACUUUCAGUGGUUCCUUUGGUAUCUCUUGUUGGUUUUGGACUGUACGAGUUAGGCUUUCCUGGGGUUGCUAAAUGUGUAGAGAUAGGACUGCCGGAGCUUAUAAUUCUAGUAUUUGUUUCACAGUACGUACCCCAUGCACUACAUUCAGGAAAGCAUGUCUUUGACCGUUUUGCUGUUCUAAUUACAAUUGCGAUUGUCUGGUUAUAUGCUUAUAUCCUCACUGUUGGGGGUGCCUAUAACCAUGCUGCACGUAAAACACAGACAACCUGCCGCACUGAUCGUGCUGGCUUAAUCGAUGCUGCCCCAUGGAUACGAGUUCCGUAUCCAUUCCAAUGGGGAGCACCUUCAUUUGAUGCAGGUGAGGCCUUUGCCAUGAUGAUGGCAUCCUUUGUUGCUCUUGUAGAGUCCAGUGGAGCUUUUACUGCUGUUUACCGAUUUGCAAGUGCAACACCAUUACCCCCAUCUAUUCUUAGUCGGGGUAUUGGUUGGCAGGGAGUUGGCAUACUGUUAUCAGGAUUGUUUGGAACCGGCAAUGGAUCCUCUGUAUCUGUAGAGAAUGCUGGUCUUUUGGCUUUGACUCGUGUUGGCAGUCGAAGAGUGGUGCAAAUAGCUGCUGGGUUUAUGAUCUUCUUUUCAAUUCUAGGGAAAUUCGGAGCAGUUUUUGCCUCCAUUCCACCUCCCAUGAUUGCUGCACUGUAUUGCUUGUUUUUUGGUUAUGUUGGAGCUGGAGGUCUAAGUUUUCUUCAAUUCUGCAACCUCAAUAGUUUCAGAACAAAGUUCGUUUUAGGUUUCUCUAUCUUCCUGGGCUUGUCUAUUCCACAGUACUUCAACGAGUACACAGCAAUUAAUGGUUAUGGUCCAGUUCACACAGGAGCAAGAUGGUUCAAUGAUAUAGUCAAUGUACCAUUCCAAUCAAAAGCAUUUGUUGCUGGGGUUGUGGCGUAUUUCUUGGAUAACACACUGCAUAAGAAGGAAUCUGCUAUUAGGAAAGACAGAGGAAAACAUUGGUGGGACAAGUACCGGUCCUUCAAGACUGACACAAGAAGUGAGGAGUUCUAUUCACUGCCUUUCAAUCUGAACAAGUACUUCCCAUCUGUGUAAUUGUGCAAAGCAGGUAAACUAAUUGCUGAUUUCAUGACAUAUUGCUUCACCAGAAACUCUGGAAGGUCAUGAUCUGAUGAUCUUGUAAUAUGAGAUUGAAUCUUAUUACAGGCUAUACUUAUAUGAAGUGCUCUUUUUGCUAUAGAUUGUUCUGAAACAUUUGUUCUAUUGUUUUUCAUUCUGUAAAUGCUAACCUGCAAUGUGGAUUCCCUGGUAUUAGUGCAUGUUUUAUUGUCAUUCAUUUGGUAUAUAUCACUUUCACUGUA